AUGAAAACCAAAGUUAAAGUAACGUCAUUCUUAACACAUAUACUUAGAGUUGUUCUCUUUACAUUAUUCUUAGUCGUAAAUCAACAACUCGUAGAAGCUAAUGAUAUUAAUUUGGUGAGCCUAGGUGCAAAAUCAGACGGGUUAACAGACUCAUCAAGUGCAUUUACGUCUGCAUGGAACAUUGCAUGCGAGUCACUUAACCCUUCAAAAAUUCUUGUACCACAAGGAAGGUACUUGGUCAACUCAGCUUUAGUAUUUAAUGGGAGGAAUUGCAAGAACAAAGCUAUAAGCUUUGUCAUUAGUGGUACGUUAGUGGCUCCGGCUGACUUUCAAGUGCUCGGAAAUGCCGGUACUUGGUUUUCCUUUGAUGAUGUCACCGGAGUUUCUAUCUCUGGCGGGGUCUUUGAUGGACAGGGCGCUGGCUUGUGGGCUUGUAAGAGGUUCGGGAAGACUUGUCCCCCGGGAGCUACAACAAUUCGAUUUUCAAAUUCGAUGAACAUCGUGGUGAAUGGAUUAACGUCAUUGAAUAGCCAAUUGUAUCAUAUUGAUUUUGAUGGUUGUAAGGAAGUAAAAGUUGAAGGUGUGAAGGUCUCGGCUUCUGGUGCAAGUCCUAACACCGACGGAAUUCAUGUUCAACAAUCGACUGGAGUGACAAUCAUGAACUCAAAAAUAGGCACAGGAGAUGAUUGUGUGUCCAUUGGAGCCGGGACUAGUAAUUUGUGGAUUGAAAAUAUCGAUUGUGGUCCUGGACAUGGAAUAAGCAUCGGGAGUUUAGGAAAGGAGCUAAAUGAGCCCGGAGUAGUGAAUGUGACAGUCAAGAGUUGUACUUUUGUCGGCACUGAAAACGGAGUGAGGAUUAAAUCAUGGGGAAGGCCAAGCAAUGGAUUUGUAAGAAAUGUUCUCUUUCAAUGUCUUACAAUGGUUAAUGCUCAAAAUCCAAUCAUUAUCAAUCAAAACUAUUGUCCAAAGGAGAAAGGUUGCCCUGGACAAGUUUCAGGAGUAAGAAUCAGUGAUGUAACGUAUCAAGAUAUUCAUGGAACUUCCGGUACACCAAUUGCUGUGAAAUUUGAUUGUAGCUCAGAAUAUCAUUGCACGAAUAUCAAAGUCGAAGACGUGGUUCUCACCUAUAGAGACAAACCAGCUGGGUCAUCUUGUAUUAAUACUGUUGGAAGCACACUCGGUUCUAUUGAGCCUAAUAGCUGUUUUUAG